GGGCCUGCCUUAAGCCCGGGCUAUGACGGCCGUCAUGGCGGCGCUAUGGGUGGGUGCCGCGGGCCCAUGAGGUGCCCUCAGUCUUCACCCGGACGCUCCCGGCUCUUGGCAGCGAAGGCGGCUGUCCCGCACGCGUCGUCCCCGGGGCCAUGGCGGGCGUCUUCGAUAUCGACCUCGACCAGCCCGAAGAGGCGGCCUCGGACGAGGAGCUGGAGGAAGGGGGUCACUUAAGCGAAAGUAUGGAUCAUGGAGGAGUCGGCCCAUAUGACCUGAGCAUGGAGCAUUGUGAGAAAUUCGAGAUUUCGGAAACGAGCGUAAACCGAGGUCCUGAGAAGAUCCGGCCAGAGUGCUUUGAGCUGCUCCGUGUUCUUGGCAAAGGGGGCUACGGAAAGGUUUUCCAAGUUCGCAAAGUCACGGGGGCAAACACGAGCAAAAUUUUUGCCAUGAAGGUGCUGAAAAAGGCGAUGAUUGUGAGGAACGCAAAAGACACCGCUCACACCAAAGCCGAGCGGAAUAUCUUGGAGGAGGUCAAGCAUCCAUUUAUCGUCGACUUGAUUUAUGCCUUUCAGACUGGUGGAAAACUCUACCUCAUCCUUGAGUAUCUCAGCGGAGGAGAACUCUUCAUGCAGUUGGAACGAGAGGGGAUAUUUAUGGAAGACACCGCUUGUUUCUACUUGGCUGAAAUUUCAAUGGCUUUGGGACACUUGCAUCAGAAAGGAAUCAUCUACCGUGACUUAAAGCCAGAAAACAUCAUGCUGAAUCACCAAGGUCACGUUAAGCUGACAGAUUUUGGACUGUGUAAAGAAUCCAUUCACGAUGGAACAGUCACACAUACAUUCUGUGGAACAAUAGAAUACAUGGCCCCUGAAAUUCUGAUGAGGAGUGGGCACAACCGUGCUGUGGACUGGUGGAGUUUGGGGGCGCUAAUGUAUGACAUGCUGACUGGAGCACCCCCUUUUACUGGGGAGAACCGAAAGAAAACGAUUGACAAGAUUCUCAAGUGUAAACUCAAUUUGCCUCCCUACCUCACACAAGAAGCCAGAGAUCUGCUUAAAAAGCUGCUAAAGAGAAACGCUGCCUCUCGUCUAGGAGCUGGUCCUGGAGACGCUGGAGAAGUUCAGGGUCAUCCCUUCUUCAGACACAUCAGUUGGGAAGAACUGCUAGCUCGGAAGGUGGAGCCACCUUUUAAACCCUUAUUGCAAUCCGAAGAAGACGUGAGCCAAUUUGAUGCAAAAUUUACACGUCAGACUCCUGUUGAUAGCCCCGAUGACUCGACCCUCAGCGAAAGUGCCAACCAAGUUUUCUUGGGUUUCACGUAUGUGGCUCCAUCCGUACUUGAAAGCGUAAAAGAGAAGUUUUCCUUUGAACCAAAAAUCCGGUCGCCACGCAGAUUCAUUGGCAGCCCUCGGACCCCCAUCAGCCCUGUCAAGUUCUCUCCAGGCGACUUCUGGGGCCGAGGCGGUUCCUCUGGCGUGGCCAAUCCUCAGCCGCCCAUGGACUAUCCGAUGGAGACGGGUGGGAUUGAACAGAUGGACGUAACAGUCUGCGGGGAAGCCUCAGCUCCUCUUCCGAUCCGGCAGCCCAACACCGGUCCAUACAAAAAGCAAGCCUUCCCCAUCAUUUCCAAACGACCAGAGCACUUGCGCAUGAACCUAUGACAUCAUCAGCCGCCGUCCUU